GUGGUUCUUGUUGUGAAGCAAGCAAUACUGUCAAGUAUUAGCAGUGCUGCAGCUUUGAGAUUCGUCACUUUCUGUACACCAUUACCUCAAGUGCAGGCUUUGAAGUAUCUGUCUUGCCGUCGAAACUUGGUUCUGGUUCUUUAGUGUUAUGCCAUGGCAGACACCGACGAUUAUCUGUCUGUUUACAAAAAGUUCUUCGAUGAUUUCGCGGCUACCGUGAAUCCAGAUGACCAGUUGCCCGUUAGAGUUGCUGGAUAUUUUCUGCGUGAAGAUGAAAUUGUCGGAGAAAUUGUUGACUGGACUCUACAGUACCUGAAUCAGAAGAACUGCCCCGCCGGACUGACUGCGCCCAUCGCGCGCCAGGUGCUGGACGAGGUGAGAGCAGCCAGCAAGAAGGACCCAGACUCAUGCGGCUUCGUCCACAGCAAGCACGCGUACGACCCGCUGCGGCUGAUGCACGCCGUGGUGCGGGUGGUGAACGAGGUGUGCGGCCGCUACUGCGACAAUGGGCGCGUGCUGCAGCUGCCGCGGCCCCGGCCCGGGCCGCCCAUCUCCACCUGCGCCAUCCGCAACUCGCGCCGCCUCAUGGAGGACCGACACGUCAUCGUGCACGACCUGCACGCCGUCUUCGGCAUUCCGGAUCCCAGUCCAGCCAGCUACUAUGCUGUAUUUGAUGGACAUGCAGGGACCGAUGCUGCUAUUUAUGGAGUAAGCCAUCUGCAUCAGUUCCUGGCAGAAAGUCCAUUCUACCCAAAGGAUCCUGUCCGGGCCUUGAAAGACGCUUUUCGGCGCACAGACCAACUUUUCAUAGAAAAAUCACAUAUUGAGAAUCUACGCAGUGGCACAACAGUGGUAUGUGCUCUGAUUCGGCCUGAAGAAAAGAAGCUUUAUGUAGCAUGGCUAGGUGAUUCUCAGGCAUUAUUGGUUCGUCGAGAGAGGAUGAUGCUUUUGGUGAAUCCUCAUAAACCAGACAGACCGGAUGAACGAGAACGUAUUGAGAAAAUGGGUGGUUGUGUGAUGUACUUUGGAACAUGGCGAGUGAAUGGUCAGCUUGCAGUUUCCAGAGCUAUUGGGGACUCGGAGUACAAGCCGUACGUGUGCGCGGAGCCAGACGUGACGGAGUUGAGCCUGGACGGCACCGAGGACUUCCUGGUGCUGGCCUGCGACGGCCUGUGGGACUUCGUCACCGAGCAGCAGGUCGCCGCCGCCGUCUACCUGCACCUCCACGAGCAUCCAGACGACGUGAGCGGACUGAGCGAGCAGCUGGUGUGCCUCUCCAAGGAGCAGGGCUCUACGGACAAUAUCAGCGUGAUCGUGGCGCUGCUGCGACCGGCACGAGACAUGGAUAUGGGCGGGGGUGCGCUGCUGCAUCCGCCGGAGAGCCUCCGCGGACACGAGCGGCGCGACCAGCAGCACCACCAGCACGAGCACGACCAGGACGACGACCUGGGCCCCGAGACGAGCGUCGACGACGGCGAGCUGCAGCGCCAGAGCUGUCCGACCUGGACCCGGCCGCAGAGCCGCGCCAGGAGGCCCACGCCGCCCGCCGCUUCUCUCCUGCCAGGGCAGUGUGAACCUGACAAUGUAGCAGACAGUGGCGAAGAUUCUGAAGACGAGUGGAACUAUUACAAAAUCGAACCUACAGAAAAAGCUGUUAAUGUGGAAUCUCUUGUGCAGACUAAACAACCAGUUUGCCCAGAAUCCACGCAGUUGAAUCUCGGAGAAAAACCUGAAGAUAUAUUUGACAUGGAAUCUAGACUUAAUCCUGAUGCAAAAGAAUUUGUACCAUCACCGACGCAUUCAAAGCCUUCAUUUGAGGAUACGAUUAUUUCUCACUCACCAUCAGGAAAAAUAUUGCCAUUUGAUAAUGUAGAAGUUCCUAGUAUGGCGCAGUUCCAGCAAGAGAUCAGUCUGCGCCCAGGAGAGGUUUCAGAAGAGGAUGCUCUAUCAAACAGUGCGUACUUACCGGACAUUCAGUCAGAUAUUCUUAAUGGUGGCAGUGUUAUGGAUGAUAUUAUAAAAAAGAAAUAUGGAGAGUCAGAAUUUAAAUUAACUGAACAAAAUCUGGCUGCCUUUACCAGUAACAAUCCAUUUGAGGUUUCUGAAGUGUCAUCAACAAAAGCAGUAUACGGUGACGAAUCUGCUGCUAGCUUCACGACAUCUACCUCUGACAUCUUGCAGAAAAAUUUGGGUACAAGUGCUUCUAAUGUGGAAGGGUCUUUUGUGGAAACUGAUUUUGUGGCUUCAGAAACAUCAAGUGUUAAGCAGUCUGAAGAUUUUCUUGGAUUUGAAGCUUCUACGGAAUUUACAGAAUUCAAGAAGGGGCUGGAUGAUUCAUUGCCUACGGACUUCUCACCAGCCAAGGAAACUGGUGCAAUAUCAUUUGAACUUCAGAAAGAUAUUGCUCCAACAAUGGAAGAAUGUCCAGUAAGGGUAAAACUAACUGAUGACUUAAUCAAUCCUUUCAGCCACGAGCAACCAAUAGCAGAAAUGCCAAUGGAAGAGAGUGAGCAAAUCACAGAGAAUGAGCGAACUGAUCUGCUUAAUGAAUCCUUUGAACAUGGACCUGAUUUUACACUGGAGGAAUAUGAGUUAAGUUCACCUCUUAACCCAUGUGCUCCUGUUUUUGAUUAUAAAAACAUGGAGGAUAAUACAGAUGUCACUAAAGCAGGUGAAGCAAAUGAAAAUGUGGAUAUUGUGGAGCAGAAGCCUACUGAAGUUUCAUCAGAUCUUGCAUCUGGUGCUCCUAUUUCUCAAAUAAUUUCUUCAGAAUCGCCGAUCAAACUACUAGAUACGGUGAAAACAGAGCUGACAGAGUUAGAUAAAGAUACACUUUCCUCCGAGCAUGAGAGAGCUUUGUUGGCUGAAGCUGAUAAUAAACUAGCAGAGAGUAGUUCCUGUGAGCAAUUGGAAGAGUACUUAAGCAAAAGCAGUCAGAAUGAAAAAUCUGAAAAAGAUCUAUUUUUGCAGUACUCAGAUGAAAGUUUGAAUUUCAAUCAGCCAUCAACGGAAAUUGCAGAGAAAAUUAAUUUUAUGGAGAAAUCAGUUAAGUUGGAGGAAGAAAUUCAUGAGAAGCAAAGUGAGUACAUGGUAGAUACAGAAUUCUUGGAUGAAGUGCAUGAAACACGUUCAGAUCUCAUGAAAGAAUUUGACAACAGAACAAUAGAGCUUAAUGAACCAUUUAGCACUGAAGGUGAAGUUCUACAAAACCCCAAUCUGGAUCCCCUGGAGGAGCUCCGGAAGGACGCUGCUGAGCCCCUCGAGGAGCUCCGGAAGGACGCUGCUGAGCCCCUCGAGGAGCUCCGGAAGGACGCUGCUGAGCCCCUCGAGGAGCUCCGGAAGGACGCUGCUGAGCCCCUCGAGGAGCUCCGGAAGGACGCUGCUGAGCCCCUCGAGGAGCUCCGGAAGGACGCUGCUGAGCCCCUCGAGGAGCUCCGGAAGGACGCUGCUGAGCCCCUCGAGGAGCUCCGGAAGGACGCUGCUGAGCCCCUCGAGGAGCUCCGGAAGGACGCUGCUGAGCCCCUCGAGGAGCUCCGGAAGGACGCUGCUGAGCCCCUCGAGGAGCUCCGGAAGGACGCUGCUGAGCCCCUGGAGGAGCUCCGGAAGGACGCUGCUGAGCCCCUGGAGGAGCUCCGGAAGGACGCUGCUGAGCCCCUGGAGGAGCUCCGGAAGGACGCUGCUGAGCCCCUGGAGGAGCUCCGGAAGGACGCUGCUGAGCCCCUGGAGGAGCUCCGGAAGGACGCUGCUGAGCCCCUGGAGGAGCUCCGGAAGGACGCUGCUGAGCCCCUGGAGGAGCUCCGGAAGGACGCUGCUGAGCCCCUGGAGGAGCUCCGGAAGGACGCUGCUGAGCCCCUGGAGGAGCUGCGGAAGGACGCUGCUGAGCCCCUGGAGGAGCUCCGGAAGGACGCUGCUGAGCCUGCCAAGGUUGUGGAGGAGCUGCAUGGAGACCACCAUGAUCUGAUGGAAGAUGUUAAUGAGGCAGGAGAUACAAAAGUGGAGAAUUUGGACACAAUUACAGGUUUAACUGAUAUUCGUGAUAUCGAGACAGCUUCAUUCCAAAAAGACACAAUGAAACUAAAUGCAGUUGAGUCACCAGAAUUAAACAAUGAAAUACGUACUGUACAGAGUAUAACACUGGAAAAUAGGUUAUCAUUUGAGACAGCUUCUCCUCCAGCUGAAGCAGUUCAGAACAAAGAGCCUUCACCAUCUGCAGAACAAACAAUAGGUGAUAUCUGUGUGCCUGAUCUUCAUGGUGUACCAGAAGCACUGCGGGUGUGUGUGUAUCCCAUGCCUGUUGAACAAAGUAGUAUGAAUGAUGAUGUUGAAUUAAUUUCUCCUUCAUUUGAGAGUCAAGAAGAAAAACGAGAAGCUUUGGAGAUAGACAACAUUCAUGGAACAGAUUUUUCCACAGCGUUGAAGCUGGAAUCACUUUCAGGAGAACAAAGAGAUAUGGUUGAAACAACGUUAAAUGAAGUAAGUAAUAAAACUGAAUUUGAAGAAUUAAAUGAUCUGACAAGUAAUGCUGACAAAGAUGUUGUAGUUUUGGAGGAACUACAGUCUCAACUCAACUAUGUUGGUAUUGAUACUGAAAUUGCAGAGAAGACUGAGGAAACUGCUGAAAAGACAAUGGAAAAGAAAGAUAUUUCUAUUGUUGAACAGAUGACAGAAAAGCUUGAAGCCCUUGAUGAAAAAGCUGUUAGUGAUGAAACUUUGAAACUAUCUGCUGCAGACUUCUCUGAUAAAAAUAUUUCAGGUACAGCUGCUGAGAAGGGUGAGCCUGAUAAAGAGGCCCACAAAACAGGAGAUGGGGAGGACGAAGUACUAAUGAUUACAAAGACACCACCUCCAACACCAACCCCAGCAUCGCAGACUGAACUUAUUAAGGAUGCAUCGGAGAUGAAGGCAGAAUCAACAGUGUCUGCUGUAGCUGUUGCUUCAGCAGCUGUGGCAGGUGCAGCAGCUACAACUACUGCUAUAACCUCAAGGAAAGAACCAGCUCUGAAAAAGCAGACACCACUCUCUAAAGAUGUGAAAAAGACACCUGUAGCCAAAGAUUCAGACAAGAUGAAACCCAGUACUAAAGCUCCUGUCAAACAGUCUCCAGGGACUGCAAAAGCUCCAACAAAGACAUCACCGACUUCACCAACAAAGGCAUCAGUACCAUCGACACCUCGCACGUCUACUCCAAAGAGAACUCAAGUUGCUCCUCCUGCAGCAAAGACUACAGCAAAAACUACUACCACAACCACAAGUGCAAAGUCCUUGUCAAGACCAACUUCAAAUGUACCAAGUAAGCCAACUUCUCUUGCUACCCAAAAACAAUCUUCAACAACAGGAAAAGUCCCUACAUCUUCCAUUGCACCUAAACCUACUUUGAAGGCUGCUUUGUCAUCGACAACCAAACCAUCACAACCAGUAAGAGCAGCAAGUGCACCAAAGCCGCGGGUCCCAAGUGCAACUACCACAAUGGCAACAAAGAAUCCGUUAGCCAAUGGUGAUGUAAAAAGUGCAGAAGUAAAGAAGACUUCUGUUGCCACAUCAAAAAUUGCACCAAGGACACAUACUGCACCAUCACGAACCACAACUGUCUCGAAAUCUGCUGGAACCACUACUGCAGCAAGUGUACCUAAAACUGGUGUUCAAGCAAGGACUUCAUUGACUAUGCGUCCUGGUAUGACAAAUGGUAUUGCUCAAAAGCCAAGGGUUACAUCAAGUACUACUCAGUCUCAAAGGUCUGCCACUAAUCAUCAGACAGCUACAGAAAAGCAGCACAAAGAGACAGCAAACAAACACAUUUCGUCACGUCGUAUAGGCACAGCUCCAUCAAAGACAUCACCUUCAAAAGUAGGAGUAAAGAAAUCACCGCAAACUGCUAAAGGAGGAAAGACACCACCUACAGCCAAUGGAUCUCCACUCAUCAGUACAGGAACGGGAGAAGAGAAGAAAAAAGACCCACUUUUGUGAAAGUAGUGGGUUUUGGAAUGAAGGUGCUGCAGUUUUGGGCCUUUGUUGUAAAGCUUUUAACAUGUAUGUAAUUGUGUUGUUAAACCAUAAAAAAAAGUAUCUUCGUAUAGUUCUGAGAAACUUGACACGUAUAUCUCAAUGUUCCAAAAGAUAUGGAUACUAUUCGUGUGGUGAACUAAAAAACUUGAAACUAUUUUUCCAGAUGUAGCAUAUUAUGUAUCAAUAUCCAAUAGCUUCUGAAGUUGUUUGCUUAUUUGGCCGAAGUGUUUCUAAAUUUUUGUUGAUGUGCUGAUUUUCCUCCUUGUGUGCAGUUCUGUUAGUCUCUGUGAAGAUACAGUAACAAUAGCAAUUGGUCAGCUAUUGGGAAAUUUUGAGCCUAAUGGCUCAGAAAGUUUGCUGUCAUUGCUAUUAAAUAUUUGAAUGUUGGUUGGCUUUUCUUACAAACUGCACAUGUGAGUUUGUUUAAAGACUGUAAAUUUGUGUGCAAGAUGCCUGAAAGGGAGAGCAAAUAUUUGAUAUAAAAGGCUGAACAAAACUUUUUCCAGGUAUGCUUCGGCAAACAUAUUGUCUGGUGGGUACCUUGUUUACUUGGUGUCAUCACUGACACUGCAUUCUUAAUAUGCACAAUGUGAUAAUUCUGUGUUUUUUUGUAAUGCCACAAUUUUAAUUUAUAUUUAUGAUGCUUUUUAUUGAUGGCAUUUCUCUUUUGUGCUAAUAGAGUUGUACUUAAAUUUGUUGUUUUAUUUAGAAUUUUCGGGUGUCUGUACUAGACUUUAAAUUAUUUUAAGUAAAAUGAAAGAUAUUUUAAGUCAUAGCUGUACUGAUUCUAAAUUAUGGCUACUUUUACAUUACUGUCUUGGUUUGUUAAAGUGUAAUGUAAAGCGUUCUGUGAUGUUUAAUAGAGCAUCCUGCUGCAUGGUAACGAAGAGUCUAUCUUUGUUUUCAAUUGUAGCAUCUGUUGAUACUGCAUAUGUUUGUCAUUUAUUGAUGAGAAUAUGUUUGAAUAGCUGAUGCUGCAUCAUAAUUUAUUCAGUGCAGGUGAGUUUGUGGACUGAUAUUGUUAAUAAGUAUUUCAUAUUGAGAGAUGGCUACUUGUGACAGCUAAGCUAAGCUUUGAUAUCCCAGAUUUAUACAUUGCAUUACUGUGGCUUGAGGGCCACUUGGUUAUUUAUGGCAACUGGUGAUUACAUCGUUACUCGUGCAGUGAUAGCUGGUUGUAGAUCCUCAUAUUAUCUCUGUACAAGACUUUUAUAUGUGGCAAUAUUUCUCUACAAAUGCAAAAUUUAAUAUAAUGUAAUAAAGUUUUUAUAAAAAUUA